AUGGACCCCCGCCCUCCCUUCCCUCCCUCCACUCCCUCCACCUACCACACCCCGGAACCCAUCUCUGCCCUACAUGCUGUUAGCCCGCAACGGGGUCCGGAUGUGACGUGCGCUGACUUCCGCCUCGGAGAUCUGAGAGAGUGGAGAGACUUAGGCUGGGAGGCGGGAUUGGGGUCCCCGGCCGAGGAAAGGAGGCCAUGCGCGGGCCUAGCAGCAGCCAGGCGAGCAGGUAUGUCCAGAUGUAGCUUCCCCUCACUUCCUUUCGUUCAGUAUCAGAGGUCUUGUUCUGAGAGUUUUGUCUCAGGCCGGCAGAAGGAAGGGGUUCACAUCCUGUCAGGGGAAAGGGGAUCCAGGAAUUGGGUAAUAGGGCCUUGGCCUCAGUGUAAGACAUGCAUUCUCAGGUCAAAUAGCCGAGGAGGACCGGGCAAUGCCAGGAGUCAAGUAAUCAUUAUUCCCACUCCAAAGUGUUGGUGUCACAUGCUUGAAGAACACCUUUAGUCCCAAAGUGUGACACAGGGUCUUUUGGGGACACAGGUUCCUGAAGCUAAGGAGAAUGCAACCUCCUUCUUCUCCUCCUAUUCCUCCCCUUUUUCUUUCUCUUCUUCCUUCUCAUCCUCCUCUUCCUAUUCCUCCUCUUCCUCUUCCUUCUGUUACUUUCUGAUCCCAGGCACUAUGAAGAUUUCUGCUGCUUCUGGAUCACCAGGUCUUCUCCAGAGUCCUCAGAGAGCCUGCUCCUCCCCCACUGCCAUAGAAGUCACUCCAUCAAUCAGAUCAGAUCAGGGCUCCAGAAGCCAAGAAGAGGACGGGCCAAACACUUUGCAGUCCCUGCCAGAAACUGUGCUCUUACUUGAAGAUGCCAUAGAUGAUAAGGUAGCUGACCUGGUGGCAUUCCUGCUUCUCAAGUAUAGAACAAACGAGCUGACCACACAGGCAGAAAUGCUGAAAACUGUCAGCCAAGAUUACCAGGAGCUCUUCCCUGUGAUCUUCAGCCAAGCCUUUGAGUGCAUGCAAUUGGUCCUUGGUGUUGAUGUGAGGGAAGUGGAUUCCAGUGAUCAUGCCUAUGUCUUAGUUACUGCCCUGGGCCUCACCUGCGAUGAGAUGCCGAGCAGUGAGCAGAGUGUGCCCAAGACUGGCCUCUUGAUAAAUAUCCUUGGUGUGAUCUUUAUGUAUGGCAACUGUGCCCCUGAGGAGGAUGUCUGGGAAGUGCUGGGAGUCAUGGGGGUGUACGAUGGUCAGGAGCACUUCAUCUAUGGGGAGCCCAGGGAACUCCUCACCAAAAUCUGGGUGCAGGAAGGCUACCUGGAGUACCGGCAGGUGGCGGGCAGCAACCCUGCCUGCUACGAGUUCCUAUGGGGUUCCAGGGCCCAUGCCAAAACCAGCAAGAUGAAAAUCUUAGAGUUUUUGGCCAAGGUCAAUGAUACCAUCCCCAGUGCCUUUCCUGUCUGGUAUGAGUAAGCUUUGAGAGAUGAGGAAGUGCGAUCCCAAGCCAGGGUUGCAGCCAGGGAUGUAGUGGGAGGGCCAGCACCAGGGUCAGUUUUAGGGCCAUAUCCAGCAGCUUGUCUUGCUCCAAGGGAAGUCUGA